AUGGCUGCCGACGCACAGACCGGGAGUUCUGCGUCAACUGGACUUGAUCAGCUUGAGGCGGCAGUCAGCAACACUUGUGAGAAAAUGAUGCUGGACAAUGAUGCCAAGUUUGCUGACAAGUUGUUGCAUUUCCUGCCCGACUUUGAGACAUGGAUGUCAUCGGAACCAUCGCUCAAGUGCGACAACCAUUCUGAUGUUCUUGACAUCACGAAGCAUGCCACCUUUGGACGUAUGAAGGCAACCAUCAUGACAUCAUGCAUCUGUGAUGAGACUGCCUGCUUGUACGACAAAGGUGGCACCAAUCAUGGGUACCAACCCGGAUGUCCUCUUCAUGCAGAAGCAGUUCAGUUGAGUGAUUUGGUUUAUGAGAUCACUACCACGGUCCACCAAGUCUUCACAGACAAAUUCAUGUGCUUUGCUCAGCUCAUUCGAGAAAAGAGUGUCGCAGAUUGGAAAGUCCCGAGCGACAUACCGGAGCUCAAGAAGUUCAACCUGAGUGCUGCAUGCGCAGGCAUUUUGCAGGACAUUCGAUGUGCCUACAUUUUGCAGCUCAUGGUCACUCUUGUCAGCAAGACUGCCAAGAACUUGCUUCCGAUCUUCGAUGCAUUACGUGGGAAUGACCGAACCAUGCUGACCAAGUGCUUGCGAGACUUGGACACAUGCAUGUUAUCACAGGAGGCUUUGUGCAUAGGAUGGACCAAAGGUCUUGAGCAACUCCUGAACACACGCAGCAUCAGUGCGCACAGUGUGUUGGUUGAGUUGAAGAUCAAACCAGUGACCCCGGCAGCUCUCCAUCUUCUUGGCAGUGGGAACCAGACAUCAAGUGAAAAUCUCGGUGAUACCUCCGAUGGUGAUGCACAUGGUGAUCAGCCCAUCUGUCUGAUCAUUAACGAGCUCUUGCUGUUUGGUUCGGAAGGCAAUGAUGUUGUUGGCACAGAUCAACUACAUUUGCUGCAAUUGACUUUGCAGACAGCCAUCAUCAAUGCAGCCAUUGAGUUGGAGAACACCUGGCGAUCCAAGUUGACGAUUGUGAUCAUGCCUGAAGAUGAGAAGACAACCAAGGGUCGGAAGAGUGGGCCGCCCAAAUCCGAACUCCUUUUGCGAAUCGACGACCCGUCAUCGUUGAUGAGGUCUGCCCAAGAUCCACAAGUUCAGCUGUACCGACUACCAGAUGACUUCGAGUUGGCAUUCAGUGGCACAGUUGGCGAAUAUCUCACUUUGGAUCCACAUGCGUCGGCACGAUCUCGGGCACAGUCACAGCGUGGCCCUGGGAAACCUAUGACUGCAGUGCCCCUGCGCAUCUUCAAGGACGAAGGGAAGGCUUCGACAUUCGAAUGUGGGAUGAAUCUCGGCGUUGAUGGCUCAACCUUUGCCAGUGUGGAUGUGCCUACACCAUGUGCGGCAUGGAUGGUGCCGCUUGUUCCGGAUGAGAGCACACCACCAUGCUUACACUACAACACCAAGACCACAAACGUCACAUGGGGGGAAAAGGAGCUCGUUGUGGAAUACGCAGUGCUAUCUGCAAAGCCCAGCGAUGGGAGCGCCCUUCCUAUGUGCUAUGUGAAAUCCAUCGGCAACAAGAAAUUUGCCAUCUUGAAACGUGGUCUGGUGUCACUCGACUUAUUGCGUGUAUUGUGA